AAAGACCUCGACAGUCAGGGCAAGUCCUUCGUACCCAAGUGGUGUAGCGGGUGUCGACCUAAAACACAGCAGAGCCUAAAAUCGCAGUGAUAUUUGAGAGAAAUCUCAUAACAUUUGUAGGUCACUCUGCAACACUGUGUUCAUUUGAAGCCAUACCUGGAAGUGAUUUGGGAAUUUUAUUUGAAGUUCUUGUGAAUACUUUGAAGCUACAUAUAUGUCUUCAUAUAAAUUCAGUGACCUCGAGUUGUUUCCGAUGCACAUGGAAGAGAAGAUCUUUGCAGGUCAUGAUGAAUCCGAUUUGAUUUCAGCAUCUAGCCAUUUACAUGACCAGUCUCCAGUCCAAAUCGAGCCUUCGCUGGAACUAAUGCAGAUAUCAGAGGUGGCGUUCAAAAGACAGCCCUUCACCAUAGAUUACCUUGCCAAAAGCAGUGCAACCCAUCCCAUGAUCCCCUGCAGGGACCCACCUGUGUGUCAGUCACCACCCAGCCCGAGUGACUCUUGCAUUCACUACGCUGACUACGGCGUCCUGCCUGAGCUCCAGUCACCACCCAGACUAAGGUACUCCACAGUCAACUGCGAUGUCAUGUCUCUGUGCCAGUCAGCAGCUACAAGUGGCUGCAGUAUGUCCCCGCCUUGUGCCCUGCCUGUGACCACACUUCCGCCCUCUUCCCCUGCCCUCAUGCCCCAGCCAGCAGGCUCACCAACCGGGCCAACCUCCCACGCCGCGGACCAGGGCAUCGGGACAGGACUCUCGCACGCAGGGAGUGGGGACGAGAUGUUUCUCUCUCCCGAAGAACGCGGCGCGGCGAUGCCGAAGAUGAUGACGUCAUCAACGAACGUCGACGUCUCCGCCUGCUGCAGCGGCCGGGAGGGAGACGAAGUUUCUCACGACUCCGCCUUCGAGUUGCUCUGCGACGCAGCCAGAAGCAAGGGGCGCCAGCCCUCCGUCCACCCACCUGUCCGUCCGCCCACCUGCCUGACCCUGGAUCAGGGAAGAGCUGUUCCUUGCGAACCACCGCAGGCCGUCACGUCAACAAGCGUUGAGACGGAAUCCAAAUCGAGAACACCAAUAAACUGUGAACAAACAUUGAUUCCAGGGACUCCACCUCCGCAGCUCACCUUGGAGCAACACCUGCCGCAGGUAACCUUGAACUCGCAAGUCAACCUGCUCUCUCGGUCAACCCCGGUGCCUCUCGUUGAUAGUCAAUGGCUCGAUUCUCCGGCUAGUCUUCACACUCCGGACUUUACUGCCGAACCAACCUUUUUCUGUUCCUCGAUGUCUCCAAUUCUCACCCCUUACAUCACAGACUUUUCUCCAGUGACUCCUCAAUUGAACAUCUCCAUAUCAUCCUCAUCAUCCUCUUCAUCCUCAUCCUCCUUCUCCUCAUUAUCAUCACCAGCAGCAUCCCCAUCACUAACUAGCUCCACCCCAGAUCCGCUGUCCUCGGAAUCCAAUCCCUCACUUCUGGACAGUUCAAGCCAAACGACCGGCAAUAUGUCCUGUGAGAAUCACGUGACCUCGAUCCUGGAUGUCCCUGCCUCUGAUGAACCGAAGAAAGAAAACGAGAAAUCUUUUUUGACAACAUCGACAAACUCCGACGAACGCGCGAAACGAACCCGCAGCAGCAACAGGAGAAAAUUGACAGCGAAGAGGAAAAAUCCACAACUACAGUCCCCCCGCCAGUCACGUACAGACAAUGAGUUGGGGAGUGUGUGUGAUGAAGGCACCGAUGAUGCGUCUGGCGAAAGUAAACGAAAGCAUCGCACAAAGUUCACCAAAGCUCAGUUGUCUGCCCUGGAGAGAGAGUACAGCGCCAACAAGUACCUGCCCCCCUACAAGCGAGCGGGAUUUGCCAAGACCGUUGGACUACUCCAGAUACAGGUGAAGACAUGGUUUCAAAAUCGCCGCAUGAAGGACAAGCGGGAGAACAAGGCUGAAGGCAUGCCCACCGGCGGGAUCAACAUCCGGGACCUGACCAACAUGGUGGUGCACAAGUAUUCUGCCGACCGCGCGGAGCCCCACGUGCAGCCCGCAGGUCGUCCCGCCAUCGGUGCUCGUCCGACCAUGCCAACAAACGUCUGCAGACUGGCGGCGUGGUCCUCCACGUCAACGGCGUUGCCUUUUACCUACAUGACGUCAUCAGUAUCGUCACUUCCGCUAUUCCAGGUCCUACAGCAUCCACUUGGUUCCUUCGCAGCGCCUUCGUCCUUGCCCUUGCCCGUCGACCGGUUGACCCGCACACAGGACGGGGUGGCUCGCACGAAACAGGCGCGGGGGGAGGCGUCGCCAGUUUCUGAAGAAAUGACUGGUGACAACAGCAGCGACAUUGAUGGCUGCUCUGCCAAUGGUGACAUCACUAGUCAGUCACGGAGGCCUUGCACAGAGUCGUUCAGCACAGUCCAGCCUUACGCUGGCCUGUCCACGGGUUCGCAGCCUCCCAAUGUUCCUUCCAUCUUUUCUCUUCACCAUCAACCUAUCUUUCAUUUUCCUGAUGCGCCGUCAUUGAUUUCUCCUUCAUUGACGUUGUCGUCAGGAGCAUCGACUUUCUUCUAUCUACCUCCCCUGACAUCUCAUUCCUGCAUGCAGCAAUCGUACCAGACCUCAACGGCGCUGCACAAUGCCCAAGCCUCCUCCACCUUGUCUGGUGCAACUCCAGCAAGGUCCAGUGUAACAUCGGCCCUGACCCCUGAUUCCCCUCUGAAGGCGAUAAAAUAUCAAGGGGACAUGAAUCCAGCUUUCAACUGUUCACCCCUGCUGUAUCCAGCAGCUUAUUACCCGCAGUCCUUCCGGUGAGAAUGUGGUCCUCAUUGCCAUGGCGAAAGUUGACGGAAGAUCAGAACAGUAGACUUCAGACCUAGAUGAGGUCACAACGUCUACAUGUUAGGGUUAGCUACUCCGCUUCGCGCCAACCCGAGCCCUCGCUGGCUAAUCACAGCUUGUGUCAUCCUAUGGGCCAGUGAAACUUUAGAUAUCAUAUCGUGAUUAUGUUCGGGCAGACGUUGAUGUUAUUUUAAAUAUUUAUGGUGAAAUGGUGCUCCCUUCUUCAAUACUACGGUUUGGCUUUCUUAUUGUCACGUGAUCCAAGAUCACAUUUUUGUUUGUGAAGCUUAAAGUUAGUACCACUGGAUGUGGAGACAAAUUUGCUUCAAAGAGAUUACAAAAUCUAAUUUAAAACAAUCAAUUUUACCACAAAAGCUUGGAAUUGUAUCCUAAAGAAGAUAUUCUGGAUGCUUCCAAUUUUUUUGAGACAUCUUUCAACAAAAAGCAGCAGAAACCAGACUCAUUAAGAAUGGGAUGUUAAGAUGAGAGUGGAGAUUCUUAUAGAAUAUAGACUGUCCGAUGUUUGCAUGGCAGCUACAUGGAUUCUCAGGUAUACAACUGUGAUAUUUUACAAUUUAUAUGGCUUUCACACAAUGACACUACAGAGUAACUAAGCCUUUCAGAUUAUCUUUCAGAUUACAUUAGCAAGGAGCGUUCACAUUGAGAGCAAUGCAAUCAUUCCAUGUUUGCUAUCAUCAGAGGAGGAAAAC